UUUUUGAGUCUUUCUGUUUGGCUGCAACAAGCUUAAACCAUAACGUUGCAGCAGCUAUCCAAAAUGCUGUACGGUGUGGAUGCCCCAAAGAAACUCCAUAUAAGAGCCCUGCUUCUGGUGAUAAUGAUGAGCAAAAUCAACCUGAGACAUGCAACACCCAUUGGCCAAUGAAGAGCGAGAACCUAAACAUUGGCCCCACCCCUUAAAGCUGUUCCUGACCCAUGUAUGACCUUCCAGACUGGAGUCCACUCACAUGAAAACCACUGAGUGAAGGCUGUACCAGUAGCCUGAAGAGGCUAACACAAAGCCAGCAUGCUGCCAGGGCUGCCGAAAACUCCAGCCUUUUGAAGUUGAGGCUACUCAAGAAGAUUCAGUGACACAUUGUCUUUGUUCGUGUGUGCAUCGACGGUAAAAAAACAAAACAAACCAGGCACCUCAUCACACAGGACACACAAAAGCAGAGCAGCGAUGCACUGGCUUGUCUUGUUUGCGUUGCCAGCUGUGUAUGUGGCUGUGUGUCACGGCAUGCAGCACUACCCAGCAGCGUGGGGACACUACGAUGUGUGUAAGUCUCAGAUCUACACAGAGGAGGGCCUGGCCUGGGACUACAUGGCUUGUCAGCCAGAGGCCACCGACAUGACCAAGUACCUGAGGGUGACCCUUGACCCGCCCAACAUCACGUGUGGGGAUCCACCGGAGACCUACUGCGCUUUGGAAAAUCCUUACAUGUGCAACAACGAAUGUGACGCCACCACAGAGGAGUUGGCCCAUCCCACGGAGCUGAUGUUUGACUUUGAGGGUCGCAACCCCACAACCUUCUGGCAGUCCAGUUCCUGGAAGAAAUACCCCAAGCCCCUCCAGGUCAACAUCACCUUGUCCUGGAACAAAACCAUUGAGCUGACCGACGACAUAGUUCUAACCUUCGAGUCCGGACGCCCAGAGCAAAUGCUUCUGGAGAAGUCGCUAGACUACGGCCGCACCUGGACACCAUACCAGUUCUACGCUACUGACUGCCUGGAUGCCUUUACCAUGGAUCCCAAGACAGUCAACGAACUGACACAGCGCACCCUGCUGGACAUCAUCUGUACUGAAGACUACUCCAGGGGCUAUGUGUGGAAGAACGACAAAACCGUGCGCUUCGAGAUUAAGGACCGCUUCGCCCUCUUUGCCGGGCCACGCCUCCACAACCUAGCAUCGCUGUACGGCCAGCUGGACACCACCAAGAACCUGCGGGACUUCUUCACCAUCACCGACCUGAGGAUACGGCUACUAAAACCCGCCACAGGCUCCACCAUGGUAGACGAAAACAACUUGUCCAGAUACUUUUACGCCAUCUCUGACAUCAAAGUCCAGGGCAGGUGCAAAUGCAAUCUGCAUGCCAACAGCUGCGUAUUUGACAAGGGGAAGCUGGGCUGUGAGUGUGAGCACAACACAACAGGGCCAGACUGUGGCCGCUGUAAGAGACACUACCACGGCCGGGCCUGGAGUGUAGGCUCCUACCUGCCCAUUCCCAAAGGAACGGCAAACAUAUGUAUACCUAGCAGUCAUGGACCAGUGCAUCGAGCAAAUGCUUCAUCUCUUGGUGUUGCAAAUCGUAAUCAAGCUCGAGUGUGUGACCACGCGAUGCUGCGCUGUCAGAACGGUGGCACAUGCCAUCACCACCAACGGUGCCACUGCCCUCCAGGCUUCACGGGCGUUCUGUGUGAGAGGGCACGGCACUGCCAGGGCCCCGGAGAGUGUGACGACUCAUUAUCUGGGCAGGCAUCCAUCUAUCAUCCUCUUCUCCUCCACCGCCUUCACGCUGUUCUCCCAGUACUUCUCCCCCUAGUGGUCACAUGUCUCUGCUGAGAGACUUUUAUGACAUUGAUGCAGAAGGACUAGGCCCCAGCCUUCAAUUCAACCACCGCAGAUCCUAAGAAGGGUCCUCAGCCCCAAAGACAAAGUAAGAGACACAAGGACACUUCUGUGCCUCGAGUUUUGUUCUGUGUGAAAGGCCAGCUUGAUGAGGACAGGGUUGGAAGUGCCAUGUGCUGUGGUGACGAAGUGGACAAAGCUGAGCGAGAUGUUAAGAGACAGCUGAACAGCAAUGGCUUUUGUACCAUCUCACAAGAACAAAAGAUGUUGGGGACCCUUGAUUUAAAAUAAGAUCAUGAAAGACACACUGGACUCUUUAUCAUAUUACGUGAGCCAACACCUUUAAAUUGUACAAAAAAAAAAAAAAAACACUUAAACAUGAAAAUCCUCUGGCAUUACAAAGAGAAUGUUGGAACUUAUUUCUUCACGUCCUCUUCCCUCCCAUGUCUCCUUCCCUCACUUCCCCUACCCUUCCUGUAUGUGUUUUGGUGACUGCUGAUUUUCAUUGGCCGAUGGCAUUCAUGUUUGUCAACAGCUGCACCUGUGUGUUCAGACACCCUGAAGUACCUUAAUGUGAUUUUUUAGUUUUUGGGGGACAAAGCAUUUGUAGUCAUGCUUGAGCUCACCUGUAUGGAAAAUAUGUAACAUACUGUACUAACUGUAUUUACUUUUGUACAAAAAAAAAUAUUUUCAUGCGUGAGCAAAUCAAAAGAUGUAUUACUUUUUUAUUUAUUUUCAGCUUCCUGUUUCCAGGGCAACUUUGGAGGUGUGAAAUAUGAAGUUAUUGUUAUAUGGUUCUCCUGCCUUUGGCGAGGAGGCUUCAUGAAAGACCUAUGGACAAAGACCAUGUUUACACACACUCUUCAAUGCAGUUCCACCAAAAGACAAUCAAGAUUUUCUUGUUGUUAAACAGUGUAUAAGACAAGUCAUGACAAUUAAAAUGCAUUUCUGGUU